UUUUUUUUCAUUCAAUUCCCAAAUUUUUGAGCUUAACAUUAUUUACUAUUUUUCGUUGAAAAUGGCGAAAGCGAAAGUGACGAUGGAGGUGGGGAACGACGGCGUUGCCGUUAUCACGAUCUUCAAUCCGCCGGGGAAUGCUCUUGCUAUUCAAAUUUUCGCUGGAUUAAAGGAGAAAUGGAAUGAGGCAGCUAUGAGAAAUGAUGUCAAAGCUAUUGUUCUGACUGGAAAUGAUGGGCGGUUUUCUGGUGGUUUUGACAUCAAUGUUUUCGAGAAGGUUCAUAAAACAAACGAUAUUUCUCUAUUGCCUGAUGUUUCUGUUGAUCUCGUGACGAACAUUAUGGAAGAUGGAAAGAAGCCUGCCGUGGCUGCCGUGGAAGGACUUUGUCUUGGUGGUGGCUUGGAAUUGGCAUUGGGAUGCCAUGCACGCAUUGCUGCGCCAAGAACACAACUUGGGUUGCCAGAGCUUAGCCUUGGAGUUCUUCCUGGCUCUGGAGGUACACAACGACUUCCAAGGCUUAUAGGGUUAUCAAAGGCUAUUGAUAUGAUGAUGACAUCCAAACCAAUAAUGUCAGAAGAGGGGGUGAAGCUAGGUCUUAUUGAUGCAGUUGUCCCUUCCACAGAGUUAUUAAACGUAGCUAGACAAUGGGCACUUGAUAUUGCAGAAAGGCGCAAACCUUGGAUGCGUCCUCUUCACAGGACUGACAAAAUUGGGUCCCUUUCAGAAGCACGUGAAGUUCUGAAGUUGGCUAGGCAACAAGUGAAGCAAACUGCUCGGAAUAUGCCUCAGCACUUGGCAUGCCUUGAUGUAAUUGAAGAAGGCAUAGUCCAUGGUGGAUAUAAUGGGGUUCUCAAGGAAGCUAAAGUAUUUGAGGACCUUGUAUUAUUAGAUACAUCAAGAGGACUUGUUCAUGUAUUUUUUUCCCAACGGGCUACAUCAAAGGUACCUAAUGUCACUGAUAUUGGUCUGAAACCAAGGCCAGUGAAGAAAGUUGCCUUAAUAGGUGGAGGCUUAAUGGGUUCAGGCAUAGCUACCUCUCUUGUUCUGAGCAACAUAUUUGUUCUUAUCAAGGAAAUUAAUCCCGAGUAUCUUCAGAAGGGGAUAAAAACAGUUGAAGCAAAUAUCCAAGGUUUGGUAGCGAGAAAGAAGUUGCUGCAGGACAAAGCAAACAAAGCUUUCUCAAUGGUUAAAGGUGUACUGGAUUACUCAGAAUUUAAGGAUGUGGAUAUGGUCAUUGAGGCUGUCAUUGAAAAUGUUCCUCUAAAACAACAAAUCUUCAUUGAUAUUGAGAAGGCUUGUCCUCCCCACUGUAUUUUGGCAUCCAAUACAUCUACUAUCGACCUCAACGUAAUUGGGCAAAAGACGAGAUCUCAAGAUCGGAUUAUAGGAGCCCACUUUUUCAGUCCUGCUCAUGUGAUGCCUCUGCUGGAGAUAAUCCGUACGGAGAAGACAUCUGCCCAAGCAAUUCUUGAUCUCAUGGCUGUUGGCAAAACAAUAAAGAAAGUACCUGUUGUAGUGGGAAACUGUACUGGUUUUGCUGUCAAUAGGACAUUCUUUCCAUAUGCCCAAAGUGCACAAUUUCUCGCGAAUCUUGGAGUGGAUGUCUACAGGAUUGAUGCACAAAUCAUUAGCUUUGGUCUCCCUAUCGGUCCAUUCCAGCUUCAGGAUUUAGCUGGAUAUGGAGUAGCUGUUGCAACAGGGAAAGAGUAUAGUUCGGCUUUUCCUGAUAGAACAUUUAAGUCUCCAUUGCUUGAUCUUCUAAUAAAAAGUGGUCGAAAUGGUAAAAAUAAUGGAAAAGGAUACUACAUUUACAAGAAGGGAGAGAAGGCAACACCUGAUCCUUCAGUGCUUCCAAUUAUUGAGGAGUCCAGAAGGCUCACUAAUAUUAUGCCUGGAGGAAAGCCAAUAUCUCUCUCUGAUCAAGAAAUUGUUGAGAUGAUACUCUUUCCAGUUGUGAAUGAGGCAUGUCGUGUUUUGGAUGAGGGGGUCGUAGUCCGAGCAUCGGACCUUGAUGUCGCUUCUGUUCUUGGAAUGAGUUUCCCAUCUUACAGAGGUGGCAUUGUUUUCUGGGGAGAUACUGUUGGGGCAGGUCAUAUAUAUAAAAGUCUCCGCAAGUGGUCAGAAUUAUAUGGUAAUUUCUUCAAGCCAUCAAAGUUCUUGGAAGAGAGAGCAGCAAAGGGCAUUCCCUUGAGCGCUCCUGCUUCUACAUCUUCAUCAUCAAGGUCACGCAUGUAAGCAAUGCAUUUACGACUUCAGAUACUGUGGAAACAGUUCGUCGUUGAAUAUAGAAAGGCACCUACUUUGACCUCUUCAUCAUUAUGGUCCUAUGUUACUUCCUUUGGUGGGGUUGAGGUUAGGGGUGGGGCUAUUAGAAGUAUAGAACAGCUCAAUUUCAAGUCCAAGCUAGUGGUAUUGACUAUUGACAAUUAUGCUGCGGAUUGCUUAAUGUUUUGAUGGAAACAUUUCAACUCUUAUAGUAUGUUACUUCUUAUUGGUAUAAUAGCUUGAUAGACACCUCUA